AGUGUGGUCGAGUGUGUCAAACAAGAGCGAAGGGAAGAUGUAUGGGUUACUACUGGAAAGCGUGCAGUUCUACGUCAUUAAGAAAGUGGGCGAGGAAAUGUGGGAGAAAAUACUCGAGCAUGCUGGUUACAAAAAUAUUGUAUUCACAACACACAACACAUAUAAGGAUGAAAUCAUGACACAACUUGCAAAGAGCUGUUGCCAUGUCACCAAGACCAAGGAUUUCAACCAAUGGAUGACAUACUUUGGAAACUGCUUUGUGGAUUUUUGGUCAGGGUAUGGGUAUGACAAACUGGUACGAGUUUCUGGCAGAAACUAUAGAGACUUCCUUCAUGAAAUAGACAAUAUACAUGAAGUUAUAAGAUUUAGCUAUCCGCGACUUCAAAGUCCCGCCUUCUUAGUUUCAAAAGAAGACAAUGAGGGCUGCGUUCUACUGUAUCAGUCAAAGAGAAGGGGAUUCAAGCACUAUGUAAUAGGGCAGCUGCAACAAAUAGCAAAAUUGUUUUACCGUGUAACUGUGAAUAUUUCUGUGAUAGAAGAAACAAUUGUUGACAAUCAGAGUAACGUUCUGUUCCGUCUGGACUUUGACAAUUCAGCAUUCCAGUUGCGCGCAGUAUCCAGUCACUUCUCAGGGUCUCCACAAUUCUCAACAAUACAUGGUGAUACUUUUCUUAAAGUCUUUCCAUUCUGUAUAGUCUUCAACAGUGGCCUUGUGAUAAAGCAGGUGGGAAAGAGCCUUGCAGCUCUCCUGAAGGGAGACAAUAUGGAGAACUCCUAUCUGCAUGAGAAAUUCCAUAUACGUAGACCUCUCAUUCCAUGUCUUUGGUCCAAGUUAUUACAAUUUCAACGGGUAGUGUUUGAGCUGGAGUACAUUUUCAACAGGAAUGAUGUCACAGACAUUGAUCUUUACAAAAACUGCACCUGGGACAGUGGGGCAUCUGGGCCGGCCCAGAAAGGGAGUCACAGUCAGCUGACAUUGCUGCGUGGUCAGAUGAAGUACAUCAAGGAGUGGGACAUGAUCGCCUUUCUGGGAAACCCAAUGAUGAGCAAUCUUCAGGAUCUACAGAAGGGCGGUCUCUUCAUCAAUGACCUCAACAUGUUUGACAACAGCCGCGACAUGGUGGUCCGAGGCUGUCUACACGCCUCCAAGCUGGAACACUCCAUUGAAGAGCAACGUGAGAAGUGUAAGAAGAUCUCAGAGAACAUGGAGAAGAUAGAGGAGUGGAAGCAGCGCAGUGACAGCCUCCUUUACUCCAUGAUCCCCCAGUCAGUGGCAGGCAUGCUCAAGGCAGGGGCUGACCCCAUAUCAACAUGCGAGGUAUUUGACAAUGUGACGAUCAUGUUCAGCUACAUGGUGGGCUUUGGUGAGGUGUGCUCCCAGGCCACGCCCAUGGAGAUCGUGAAGAUCAUCAACCGGGUGUACAUCUUGUUUGACAGAAUCAUUGACAAGUACAAAGUGUUCAAGGUGGAGACUCUGGGUGAUGCUGUGUACAUGGUGGCGGGGGGCGUGCCAGACAGGAGCCCACACCACGCCAUCAAUGUGGCCGCUCUCUCCAUGGAGCUCAAACAUGAGGCUGAGAACCUCAAUGAGCCCUGGCAGCAGCAGUACCAGCUCAACUCACGAAUAGGCAUCCACUCUGGCAGUGUGGUGGGUGGGGUAGUUGGACGACGUAUGCCUCAGUACUGUCUCUUUGGAGACACUGUGAACACGGCUUCCAGAAUGCAGACCUACAGUCUGCCCGGCCGUAUCCACAUAAGUGAGACAUGUCGGGCAUGUCUGAAGGGCUCCAAGCUGGUCACCAUCCUCAGAGGUACAGUCAAUGUCAAGGGUAAAGGUGACAUGCGCACUUACUGGCUGGCUGGCUGGGAGGGGGAGGAAAGCACAAAACGCUUCAUAGAGGAGGUGCGGAUAGAGCGUAAUGAACAUGUCCGCCAAUUCAGUUCCUAUGAGAAUGCAUUGGACCUACAUGGAAUGCAUGCCUCAACAAGCUAUACCCAGCUUGCUGCUAACUUCUCCAGAAUUAGACAGGACAGCUCUAAGACAGGCUCACAUGUCCAACUGCCUUCGCUUGAUAGUAAGCAGGGAGAGAUCAGCACUAAGGAAGGGCUGUUGUCACGGCCAUCAUCAAGAUGCAGUUUAGGCAAUACGGAGUUGUCCAUGGGGGAGAUAGCCAGUGGCAAGAGUCUGACCUGCAGCACUAUGGAGUUUUUUUCCAGUCCACCAAAGCCGACAUUCACAAUCACUUCACCUGAAUGUGAGUCUCCUAAGAAAUUAAGUUUUCCCGCCUUGAAUGGAUCUGAAAACGAAAUGUGUAUUAACAAUGCAAUGAUCAGCCAUCCACAGAAUACCAGUGCAAAAGCAGAUAAUAGAAUUGAAGUGACUGAAGUAAAACUGGACAUUAAAGAUGUUUGGAGGACAUUAGACAGUGGAUUAUGUUGUAUAAAUGAAGACAGAAAGUCAGAAUCUCUUUCUAACAUGUCAGAACUUAAUCCUCAAAAUUCAUGUUACGUUCAGAGUAAAGCAUUUAAAAUCAAUGAAAGGGAUGAUGACUUAGAAAAUGCAAAUAUAAAUAGUGUCCCAAAGUCUGACUACAGUACCGAGAUAUCUUCACCUGUCUCUAAUACACUGUUUGUAUGUGCAAAGGGCACUGUGGAGCCUACAGGCCAUAUAAACAUGAGUCAAAAAGGUAGAUUUUCAUUGUCAAGGUUUAAACUGAAACUCCCAGAUAUGUCCCAUCUUCACAAAUUGUUCAACUUCUGCCAUUUUUUAAAACAAACAAACCCUAUUACAGGCUCAAAACCCAUUGAAGCCAAAACUGUAGAUGACCUAUUACUUGACAACACCAAUCUCUCCGAGUCGAAGAAUGAAAGGACUGUAGACAACAACUCAUUUGUGGCAGCAGAUAGCAGACUUAGGGCUUCUAAUCUCAAUAUUUAUUCUAAUCAAAGUGGAACUGAUUCAAAGGAUGAUGUAGCUGGCGGUGAACUGGAUAUAGUGAAGAAAGAUGAGGGCCAUGUCCAGAACAAAAUUUUAAAAAGACAACCACUUAACUGUGAGUCUGUGAGUGAUACCAAUCAGCCUUUGACAAUGGAGCAUUUAAGACUGGAUGAUGGAAAUAAAUCAUUGGAUCAGGCUGGGAAAGAUUGGCUCAGUUCCACACCUUCCACCAAUGGGAAUCCGGCUGAGAAAGAAUCGCCCAGUCUCAAACCUAAUUCCACCAAUGGUAAUCUGGCUGAGAAAGAUUGGCCCAGUCUCAAACCUUCCACCAAUGGGAACCUGAAUAAACCUUACAACAACAACCACAAACUUCAGGGACAUAUUAUUCAGGGAAGUGCACAAAUGGAUUUUAGGAAAGAAAAAGGUCAUACAAAAUCUGAAUCCGCUAGAGAAAUCCUGCCUGAGCCACACAUAUGUAGAUAUCCAUUUUCUGCAAUGAAUACGAAGUUUCAUGGCGAUUUGAAAACAAAUAGAGACUCAAAACUAUUCCUCAAAACAAAAUGCAUUAUACCAUAUUCAUUAAAAAGCAUUGUAAAACAUGAAAUGUCACAGGAAGAGUGUAUAGGCCAAAAUGAUACAAUUAUUCACAAUAACCAGUCUAAAAAAGCGUGUGCAUGCAGUUGUUGUUGUCACCAAGUGCCAAAUAAUAGUAUAAAUGAUACUUUAUUGCAGAAACAAAUCAACAGCAAGGAAUGUCUGGAAAUACCUCUCACAGUUGGUCAGCAUGGCUCUCAGGUUGUCAAUGGUCAGGUAGAGAAUGCAUUCUCUGAGGAGACCUGCCAGAAAGUAGUCUUUAGUUUAUCUGAUGAGGAAUAAAGCUGCUGAACUGAUUUGCAAUUUUAGAA